GCUGGAGAGUAAAAUGGCUGAGUAGCGAGAGAGAGAGCGGACCGGUCCGGACUCCAGAUUAAAUAAACAGAACAGAGCUUCCGGCGCGUGUUGGGAGUGCGGCAGGUGGAUUGGUGUGAGCGUGUGGAGCGGGAUGUCUCUGUUCCAGUCAGCGCUCGGCUUGCUGGGCUCAGGCGGAGCGGCGAGCCGGGAUCAGCACAGCUUCACCGGGCAGGUGGUGGAACUCGGGGAGACCAAGCUGAGGAUCAACCGGGUGAUCGCCGAGGGUGGUUAUGCAUUCGUGUACGAGGCUCAGGAUCUGAGUAACGGUAAAGAAUACGCUCUGAAGAGACUGCUCUCAAAUGAAGAGGAGAAGAACAAGGUCAUCCUGCAGGAGAUCUGCUUUAUGAAAAAGCUCUCCGGUCACCCGAACGUGGUUCAGUUCUGCUCCGCUGCUUCUAUUAGUAAAGAGGAAUCAGAUACGGGCCAGGCGGAGUUCCUUAUCCUCACCGAGCUCUGUAAAGGUCAGCUGGUGGACUUUGUGAGGAAGGUGGAGCUGAAGGGACCCAUGUCAUGUGACACCGUGCUGAAGCUCUUCUACCAAUCGUGUCGUGCUGUCCAACACAUGCACAAGCAGAAACCACCAAUCAUACACCGGGACCUGAAGAUUGAGAAUCUGCUGAUCAGUCAGCAGGGGACGAUAAAGCUGUGUGAUUUCGGCAGUGCCACCACCGUCGCCCACUAUCCCGACUACAGCUGGAGCGCUCACAAACGGUCCAUGGUGGAGGACGAGAUCACCAGAAACACGACUCCAGCCUACAGAACUCCAGAGAUGAUCGACCUCUACUCCAACUACCCCAUCAACGAGAAACAGGACAUCUGGGCUCUGGGCUGCAUCCUGUACCUGCUGUGUUUUAAGCAGCACCCGUUCGAGGACGGAGCGAAGCUCAGCAUCGUUAACGGCAAAUACAGCAUCCCUGAGAACGAGACCCGCUACACCGUCUUCCACCAGCUCAUCCGGUCCAUGCUGAAGGUGAACCCCGAUGAGCGUCUCUCCAUCAGCGAGCUGGUGAAUCAGCUGCAGGAAGUCGCCGCUGCUCGUAACGUCAACCCCAAAUCCCCCAUCACCGAGCUCCUGGAGCAGAACGGAGGAUUCGGCAGCUCCACCUCGCUGUCCUCCACACACUCCAACAACACACACUCCUCAGGUGUGUACGGUGGGGACCCCGAUCAGAACAUGGGCGGGUUCCUGGACAUCCUGCGAGGAGGGACCGAGCGCUUCCUCACCAACAUCAAGGACACGUCCUCCAAGGUCAUCCAGUCUGUGGCCAGUUAUGCUAAAGGAGACCUGGACCUGUCCUACAUCACCUCCAGAGUAGCAGUGAUGUCAUUUCCUGCUGAAGGGGUGGAGUCCGCUAUUAAGAACAACAUAGAGGAUGUGCGCUUGUACCUGGACUCUCGGCACGCCGGUCACUACGCCGUGUUUAACCUGUGCAGACGAUCAUACAGACCUGCUCGCUUCCACAACCGGGUGUCGGAAUGUGGCUGGCAGGAGCGGCGCGCUCCCACUCUGAGGAGUCUCUAUACGGUGUGUAAGAACAUGCACCAGUGGCUCAAACAGGACCAGAAGAACAUCUGCAUCGUCCACUGCCUGGACGGGCGGGCGGUGUCGGCCGUGGCCGUGUGCUCGUUCCUGUGUUUCUGUCGGCUCUUCUCCACGGCUGAAGCUGCUGUUUACAUGUUCAGCAUGAAGCGCUGCCCACCGGGUAUCACCCCCUCACACAAGAGGUAUAUGGAGUACAUGUGUGACAUGAUGGCGGAGGAGCCCAUCAUCCCCCACAGUAAACCCAUCAGGCUGCGCUCCAUCGUUAUGACCCCCGUGCCGCUCUUCAACAAGCAGAGGAACGGCUGCAGACCCUUCUGUGAGGUUUACGUGGGAGACGAUCGAGUCGCCACCACGUCACAGGAGUACGACAGGAUGAGGGAUUUUAAGAUCGAGGACGGUAGAGCUGAGAUUCCUCUGGAUGUGACUGUGCAGGGAGACGUACUGGUCGUCAUCUUCCACGCCCGCUCUACACUCGGGGGACGCCUACAGGCCAAGAUGGCCUCCAUGAAAGUGUUCCAGAUCCAGUUCCACACCGGCUUCGUUCCCCGAAACGCCACCACAGUUAAAUUUGCAAAGUACGAUCUGGACGCGUGCGAUAUCCAGGAGAAAUAUCCAGACCUGUUCCAGGUGAACCUGAACGUGGAGGUGGAGCCUCGCGAUCGCCCCAGUAACAAGACUCCGCCCUGGGACAACUUCUCCACCAAGGGUCUCAACCCCAAGAUCCUGUUCUCCAGCCGAGACGAGCAGCAGGAGGUCCUGACCAAAUUCGGGAAGCCAGAACUCCCCCGUCAGCCCGGUUCUACAGCGUUCUACGACUCGGGCCGUGCAGAUCCGGAUCGUUCUCCUCAGGAGCCGAGCCCAGAGACGCCGUCCCCGCCCAGCACCAGCACCGAUCCCAACGCUAAUAACUUCUUCCAGACCCUCGACUGGAACGACCACGCCGGGCAGCACCGCCGCUCCGACAGUCAGUCCGGCCCGAUGGACGAGCAGAACGACCCGAGCGGGGGCGAGUCGGGGGAGGAGUCUGUCUCUUACUCCGCCCCCGGGGACGGCGCCCUGUCGCGUGACCCGAGCGAGCCUCUGUUCCAGGCCGACUUCACCGCUCCGGAGCCGCAGCCCGACACGGAGGACCUGCUAGGUCUGAACUCUGACCCCUCACCUCCGCCCGUCGCCCCAGAGACGACCGGGAUGAAGAGUUCGGCCAGUAACAGCGACCUGCUGAACGAUCUGUUCGGCUCCGCCCCCCGCCACGCCCACACAGGGGAAACGGAAGAUCUGUUCUUCAGCGGCGCGUCCGGUCAGCCUGCAGCCGCACCUUCUGCCGCACCUAACGCUGCCACCAAGGUGAACGACAUCUUCGACCCGUUUGGUGUGGGGUCAGGGGUCACGGAGGGGUCCGACCCGUUUGGUGACCUGCUUGGGUCCGAGGGCGGUGGAUUCGAAGCUCCGCCCCCUCCAGCCACCAACUCCAGCCUCUUCAACCUGCAUAAGCUAGCGGGGGAGGAGCCUAAGAUGACAUCAUCGGCCAGUCAGCCGGACCUACUGAGCGGCUGGGACGGCUGGCCGAGCGGGAGCGCUAGCACUGCUGGCAUGUCCGCUACUGCUAACAAACCCGCCUUUACUGCUCCAGGUUCCUCCUUCUCGAAGGCUAAGUCUCAGAGUUUUGACCCCUUCGCUGACCUCGGGAACCUCGGCUCGACUCUGCCAGGUUCCGGAUUUAAAGCGGCGCCCCCUGCUGGAGCCUCCAAGAGUUCCGGUCAGUCGUGGCAGCAGCCGCAGCAACAACCACCGCAGCAACCGUCCCGCCCUGCCAACAAAGCCUGGAUGCCCCCGAGUUCUGCCCCCAGCAAACCCAACUACAACCUGAACUUCAGCGUGAUCGGGGGCCGAGGGGAGCGGGGGCUGAGGGGCCCGGGGUUCGGUCCGAAACCCAAAGUGAAGAAGGACGACUUCGGGGAUCUGCUGUCCAAUCAGGGUUUCUCGUCUCGACCGGACAGGAAGGGCGCGCCCCGUACCAUCGCCGAGAUGAGGAAGCAGGAGCUGAGUAAAGACAUGGAUCCUCUCAAACUCCAGAUUCUGGACUGGAUCGAGGGGAAGGAGAGGAACAUCCGGGCUCUGCUCUCCACCCUGCACACGGUGCUGUGGGAGGGUGAGAACCGCUGGAAGCCGCCCAGCAUGGCCGACCUGGUCACUCCCGACCAGGUGAAGAAGUUCUACAGGAAGGCGGCUCUCAUCGUCCAUCCAGACAAGGCGGCCGGUCAGCCGUACGAGCAGUACGCCAAGAUGAUCUUCAUGGAGCUGAACGACGCCUGGUCCGAGUUCGAGAACCAAGGAGCUAAACCGUUGUUCUGAGAGGGUGGAGGAGGCCGGGCGUAAUCAGGACUGAAACGCUGACGUCUUUAACAUUUGGGUGGCGAGACGGGCCACGUCUCAAUACACUCACUUGCUGCGGGGCCCGGGGCCACCCUGACGUUCCCCAAACACACUUUGGAGAGCAGCACUGUGGCCCCAGGAACAGAAGUGAAGAAAUACUUUAUUUUUGGUAUAUUAUUAUUGUUAUUAUUGUUAUCAUUGGUUUCCUGUGGCGUCUACAUAUUUAUGUUCCAUGUCAAUCACAAAUCAACACAGCGUUCACCCUCCAGCUUCCUGUCUGAACGGACCAAUCACGUGUUAUUUAUUUGUGAUUCUGCUCACGGCUCAUUCAUUCACUACCCAUGUUUUUUAUUUUCAUUUCCGGGCGGGGGGGUGAACGGACUGUGCGUGUGAAAGCUGAAAUCAUUCCAAAGCUUCUACAGAUUAAGGUGAACGUUUACGCCCGUACGGGCCGGAGCGUUCCCUCCGCCUUCCUGUCUGACCAGGACGUUCUGGUGUACAUAUGUGAGAAGUACGGUGGAGGACGUCUGCAGUAUUGUGAGAUUAGCAACGUUAAUGAUGAAGAUGCACAAGCUAAUAAAUAAAACCUUAUUGUG